AUGUUUAAACGAUUGGCAAUUCGCACCAUGAGCGAUCUGAAAGUACCAUUGAACCGCAGUAUUGAAGGUCCAAUUGCACAAAGUAUAACGAGGAAGGUUCAUGAGAAUUUCCCCGACUUGACCCAUUUCACUAUAUUUAACGAUUCCUUCAAGCAUGCUGGACACCAUGGAAUAGCAGACUCCGACAAUCGCAUCGAAUCCCAUUUCAGACUAGAAAUUGCCAGCAACAAAUUCGAAGGACUCACUCUUCCCAAGAGACACAGGAUGGUUUACAAGCUACUAGAAAACGAGAUGGGUGAGGGCCAAGUGCACGCCUUGCAAUUGACCACUAGGACUACUGCAGAACAAAACAAAAGAUUAGGAAAAUCUACAUAG